CGGCCAGACCAAAAAAUGAGUGUGAUCUUUCGCGUCAAGGAACUCAAAAAACAGAGACACUACUGCCGCCCAUUCAACGAGAAAUAGGACUGGUAGUUCUGAGGACGUCAACAAAGGUGGCAGUACCAAAGAGUUGAAGAGGACAGGACAACCAAGAUGACAGACCAAGGAGGCCAGGCCCCCGUUCCUGAGCAUGGUUUCGAAGUACCGGUAGAAAAAACGCUUGAUACCCCUCCACCCGACAAAACACUUGAUACCCCUCCAGCCGAUGACCAUAAUGACCCCGUAAAAGACGAAGAGCAAGGCAAUCAAGAUGAAGGAGAUGAAGAAGAGGAAGAAAACGAAACAGAGGCGCUGUUACCCAAAGGGUACGCGCUGACUGAACUCGACAAGGAUAUCUAUUCACUUAUCUUUACGGGCGACCUAAAAGGCCCCGGCUUUUGGUUCGGAAUUUCGGUUGCUUUUUUCCAAGGCAUGUUGUGCUGGUUGGUUCUCUACGAUCUUAUUGAUUGGGAUCCAGAUUCCACCAAUCCCAUGAGAAUUCCUGCGGGUAAUGAUCUAGUGGUCAUGGUCGCACAAGCUCUUUUGCUUGUAUUCAUGAGCCAAGACAGCAUGGAUAUGAAUGAGGCGCUCGUUUUUUUGACUGAUGGUUACUACCCGGAAGUCCUGCAGGUUUGCCCCACGGCGCAGUUUUGGAAGUGGGCUCUGUCUGGUAUCACGCAUUUGAUUGUGGGAUUGCUCUUGGCGUUGGACGUUUUUGUCUUGUUGAUGCAAGAGACUACUGUCUUUGGGUUGGGAGUUGAUUUCGUGGCUAUGAACAAAUUCUUCGCGGUGAUUGACAACAAAGCAUUUGCCAUUGGUGGACGGGGAGUUUGCUCCGUACAACUACAGCAAGAAAUCAAGAACGUCAGCAACGUCAAGGUUAGAACGUCAACAGAAUACACUUGGAGAAAGAGAAUUAGAGAUGUGGUGAUUGUGGCGGCCAUCAUGACGGGUUAUGGCGUCCUUACCUAUCAAAUGCAACAUGGGUUUUUUCUUUGCAAAGAGCUCUUUGUGCAAUUUGGAGACGUCUUUAACCCUGGCAUUGUAGAGAUAUCGGGGCCAUUCGACAUGCUACCACUACAAUAUAAGCGCGACGGAAGGGCAGUUUACCAAGAGAGAUCCACAGGCCAGUUCAUGCUCGCCUACUGCGAGAAAGACAAGAGAUGGACCAUGACACCGUAUCUGAGUGGAAUUUUUGAGCCAUGUGGAAGCAGCGAAGUGGAAGUGCUUGCCAGAUCCGGUGAGGAUACGGGAUACGAUAUUUUGAAAACCGUCGAUACAUGGGUCGUCACUUCGGUUCGACAUGGCAUGGGUUUCAAUCCAUUCGUUCAUUUCAGCAUGCAAUGCAAUGAGUGUGCUAAGAAGUGCACCAAGGGUGCAGGAGUAUGCAACGAACGGAACCAGUGCAUCUGCAAAGAAGGAUACUACGGAGUCAACUGCGAGUUUGAACAACCCUGUACCGAAAUGACACUCAGUUUCGCGACCGAAAGAUUCCCUGCUUUCCUGAGCGAGUAUCCUGUCCCAUACGACUUCGCAAUGAUCACUUACAACAACACCAACGUUACAGCAGAGCGCCCCGGAACGCUCCAAGUCGAGCACCGACCAGUCUACUUUGGAGUGGGCCCCAACGCCAACUGGAUCAUGGCAUUUUUGGGUCGACGUUGGGUCAUCUAUGGAGUUUCCUCUGAUACAGGACCGAGCGAGGUAGCGAGUCGACUGGCAGCCGCCAAUUUCAGUGCUGUCAACACUCUUUUUGCACCAAUCUAUGUAAGCUCGCCAGUGGAUGUUGGGACACCGUCCGAUGGACCUACUCCAGCAGAUGUACAAUGGUACAAGGCAACUCGAAAAUCCAACAGAAACCCAAUCGAAACCGACACAUCUGCCGAACUCCUUGUUGACGGCGUUCCGCGGUCCUAUGUGACGUCCUGGUGGGUCGACGAAAACCAGCCGCUGGACAGCCGCUUUGUUUGUGCUAUAUGUAACAGUGAGGCCAACCCGUGCAAGAACUUUGGGACGUGCAAUGAUGCCACUGGCAUUUGUACUUGUCGAAAGGAGGUUGGAGCUUUGUGUGAGUACGAAAUGAAGUGUACAGACCUUGUAGGUACUGACCUGGGCAGCUUCUAUGGCUGUCCAGGCAAUGCUACAUGUGCCCCUAGUGGAGUCUGUUCUGGGUGUCCUGAAGGGACUACUGGAAAUACAUGCCAAGCAAACGAAGAAGAUUUGUAAACUUGAUUUAUGUGUGAGGUAUCUUUCGAAGUUCUCCUUUGAGGAUGCAAAGUGAGUUUAAUUGUAUCCAGCUAGCCACAGCAAUUUUUAGAUUG